AUACAGCUCCCCUCCCUUGAAGAACAUAUACAACAAAAAAAGCUCAAAAAUCCACAACAAUCACAACUUCAAGCAAAUCUCUCUCUCUCUCUCUCUCUCUCUCUCUCUUGAAUUAUAGAGAUGGAGAAAUAUUCAAGAUCCAAGUCAAGUAGGGAAGGUGUGAAAGCACAGCCAAGCAGCAUGCAUGAUCUAAGGAGUUACAGUACUACUUCAGAUUAUAAUAAUAAUCUUGAUUAUUACAAAAGCUUUAAUAAGGAAUCUUCGAACAAGACGACGAUGAAAAAGAGCAGAAUCAUCAGCGCUUCUUCGUCUUCUUCUUCGUCGAAGAACUGGAACUUAAACAUGGACCAGCCUGAGUUGCAGAGGAAAAAGAGGGUUGCUGGUUACAAGGCUUACGGCGUCGAGGGUAAAAUGAAGUCUUCGUUUCGAACAAGCUUCAAAUGGAUCAAGGAUACUUGCAACCAUGUUGUUCAUGGAUUCUUUUGAGCGAUCGAAUCUCGCUUGGUUUUACAAAAGGGUAUUCUCGGCAGUAUCGUAUAUGCUCGGUCGCUUGAACGAUCCUCCGAACACUUGCAGCACCGGAAGUUAGAGAGAGAAGUUGCUCAAAGAGAGAAUAAUUAAUAUAUAUGCUAUGUAUUAUUAUCAAGAAAAAUAAUGUGUUGUGGCGUUUUGAGUAUUAAUAAAUAUUUACGAAAACGUGCCCGAUCGAUUAUAAUUCGUACUCUCUUUAAGGCAGUAGCUUCGGUUCGUCGGCGAAACUAAAUUUCUAGAGAGUCUGAAAUCUUUUGGGAUUCUUGAUGAUGAUGAUCAAGAACUCUUACUCUAUUACACUAUGACUCAAUAAACAUAUUUUCCACAUUACACA